AUUAAAUAUAACAAAAAGAAGAAUUGGUGGUACUAAGGUUUAAUUAAAAAAUCAAUAAAGGAUUUAUAUUCCUUGUAAAUAUCCAUGAUUAAAUAAGUCAGUACACUACAACACAAACAAAUACCCCUGGAACUUAUAGUAACCUAUAAGCAUGCGUGAUGAAAAAAUGAUCUAAAUAAACAAGAAGUGUUGUAUAAAUUCUAUUCUGGCUAAAAAUCCAUAGUUUCAAUAAUUUUCAUUUUAGUUUAAAUGAAUACUUUACCGGAAGAAUUCGAAAGACAUUGGGUUACUUCCUUGAUAGGAUUUUUUUUGUUAUGUUUUGGUGUUUGGAUGUUGACUUGGAAUGAGGGUAGAGCAGUUCAUCAUGCCCAUUCAUUGGACGAAACUUACAACAAUGCAAUAAUUUUAAAUACGUAUGAAAAACCAUCUGAAGAACAUAAUGGCAAAGUUGUGCAUGCUAGUGGAAAUAUACAAAUUGAUGAACCCCUUACAGAAUUUGGAUAUGGCAUUGCAAUUCAGGCAGUAAAGCUAAAAAGAAGAGUACAGAUGUACCAAUGGGUGGAAGAAAGAACACCAAGAAAUGAUGAAGACAAUAAUAUUGACACUAUGGCCACAAUGACCCAUGAUUAUUAUUAUGUCACUGAAUGGAGAGAUAAAUUAAUAGACAGUAGCAAUUUUUAUAUAAGACAUGGUCAUGUGAAUCCAAAAGAAAUUCCUCUAAAAACUGUUACUUAUAUAUCACCUAUAGUAAAAUUGGGACAUUUAUUGGUGGGAAAUGAAAUCAAAGAUAAAUUUGAUGAUUUUGUUGAAGUUGCAAGUGAUGAACAUCCAGAUAGAAAAGAUGUGAAAUUACACAUGGGAAUUUAUUACCAUUGUGAUGAUGUUUGGAAUCCACAAGUUGGGGACAUUAGGGUACAAUUUUAUUAUGCGGGAGGCUCUGGGGAACCAGUGACAAUAAUAGCUAAACAUAAUAAUGGAGUAUUAGUUCCUUAUGAAACAUCGAAAGGUCAUCGAAUAGCCCUUUUGAGACUAGGAAACUUGAAUUUAAAUCAAAUGUUUUCAGAAGAGCAUUUUGAUGCUAGAUUGGAGACUUGGAAAUUAAGAGGAUUCGGAUUUUUCAUUUUGUAUGCUUCAACUGUCUGCAUGUCAAAGUUGAUAAAAAUAAUGGUCUUUCAAGUUCCUUUAUUCAACUUCUUCAGUGGAGAUUCAUUAUCAUUUGGAAACAUAGUUUUAGCAUUUUCACUUGCCCUUUGUGUUAUUGCUACAGCAUGGAUUAUGUACAGGCCUAUGCUAGGAGCUAGUUUAUUUUUUGCUGCAGUCAGUCCAUUUUUAUAUUAUACAAUUGGUGUGUACAACGAACAUAAUAUACGCAUAAAUUAGUUUAGAUAAUAAAUCAGAGAUUGUUCAUUAGAAACAGUUUUAUAAGUACCUACUUUUUGUAUACUUCGAUUCAACUAAAAAAGGACUAAUUAUCUUUGAGCAAAUUGGAGUAGGGUAAUUAUAGUAAAUUGUUUCUAACUUAAAAUGUGUUGACAUAUUUAUCAUGUAAUGAUUUUUGUGUAAGGUGUCAUGAUAGGCACCUAUGUUUAUGACAUGCGUCAUUUAAUAAUUUUAUAUAUAAAAAAGUACUGUUAAAAGUGUUGUUUUUCUUGAGUUAAUCAAUCACAUUUUUAAUAAUAAGAUAUUUGAUAAGAAACUUGUGCUAAUAAAUUAAUACCUUUACAGAUUUGUUUGCUCCUAAUUACAUUUCUAUAAGAAUGACUGUUCAAACAAGAUUUUAUGCACGUCACAAACUUCUCACUUCCAUAUAAUAAUGUUGCAAGUGUCUGUUUUAACAAUUAGUUUCAAAUAUUAUCAAUUAUUUUUUAUUACAGGGGUAUUAUUUCUGUCUAGAAAAAGCAGCAAGAGUUAGAUGAAUCUCAUAAUAAAAAUAUGUGAGAAAAAAUUUGAAUAACCUUAUGGAACUGCUAAGGAUAAGAAUAUUUUUAAUCUUUGUUAAAAACUAAGUAGUUUCAAAAUUUCACUUUGACUUUCCAUAAAUAGUUUUGAAGUAACUAAUAUUUUAUUUUCAUAUAUUUGUUACUUAUCAUUAUACUAAUAAUAAAUCUAGUUGAAGUCUGGUGUGUAUUUAUUUCAAAUAUUAUUUUAAUGUUACUAAAUUCUAUAAAUUAUUUUAUUUGUUUAUUUUCUACAAUUGACGUGAAUGUAUCAUAUGCAAUAUAAUUUUAAACUUACUAUUGAAUUGACGCAAUUGUUGGUUUAUACAUAUUACUAGAUGAAACUGACAUAGGCUUCUAUAUGAAAGUGAGAAGUUUUAUAAGUAGAUAAGAAAAUUCUUUUCCAAUUUUUAACAUUAAAACUCCACUCACUAUUUCAAAUUUACUUUUCUAUAGGAAAAAAAUUGAUUUGAGUAAUCAAUGUAUCUUUUAUAUUUUAGUUUUCUAGAAUUUCCAUUUAAAUGUAACAAUAAGAUUUCCUCAUGAAAUUAUUUUAAAAAAUAUUUUUAAUUAUUCCCUGUCAGAUUAAAAGUUUGGUCGAUUUUUAGUUCAUAUUUAUGAACAUCUUUAAACAGUUGAUAUUACAUUGUUUUUCUUCCUCUUCCUAUGCAUGCUGAAUUCUUUUUUCAUAUUUUGCGAUUUAAAAAUAUAUUACUAGAUCAUUAUUAUAAAUUUCAGGCUGUGCUUUUUCUUUUCCAAUUUUUUUUAUAUUUCGUUUUGAAUAAAAUAUAAAAAAGA